GCUUUUAUGAUUUCUUGAGUUUUUUUUUUUUUUUUUUUCAGAGAUGAGGGUGUCCACUGGGGAAUACAAAAUGGACUUCAGCUCUCUAGGAGUACAAUUGUAUAUUACAAGCACAAUGAUAUGGAAUCAUUACGAAGUAUUCUGGAGAAAGUUACCCAUAAAAACGAGAGAGCUAAGAAACUUAGGCGCUACAUUGUGGCAGAAGCUGUGUAUCAGAAUUCUGGCCAAAUUGCUCCACUGGAUGAAAUCGUCAGGCUCAAGGAAAAAUAUCGGUUCCGUUUAAUAUUGGAUGAGAGCAAUUCUUUUGGUGUUCUUGGAAGCUGUGGUAGAGGUCUAACUGAACACUGCAGUGUUCCUAUUGAGAAGGUAGAUAUAGUAGCUGCUGCUAUGGGAAAUGCAUUGGCUGCUGAAGGAGGAUUUUGCACUGGGAGUGCCAGAGUCGUUGAUCACCAACGUCUCAGUAGUUCAGGUUACCUCUUUUCUGCUUCUUUACCUCCAUAUCUAGCAAGUGCUGCAAUUGCUGCUGUUGAUGUGUUGGAAGAUAAUCUGGAUCUUAUAACAAAGUUGAAGAAAAAUGUUGCUACUCUCCACAAUGGUUUAUCAGAUGUACGUGGCCUUGAGAUUAUGAGUGAUCCACAAUCACCAAUUGUUUUCCUCAGGUUGAGGAAUUCCACGGGAUCUGUAAAGGGCGACUUACAAAUACUUGAAAAUAUAGCUGAUCGUGUUCUGAAGGAAGACUCUAUAUUUUGUGUUACUUCAAAGAGAUCUACAAUCGAUAAAUGCAAUUUAGCUUCAGGAAUCAGAUUGUUCGUUUCAGCUGCUCACACGGAACCUGAUCUGGUGAAAGCAUAUGAAUCAUUUAAAAGAGUUACUCCAUCGGUGCUGGAAGGUCAAUGAAUAUAUUUUCUGAACCAUUGCCCAUUUUAGAAUAACUCGAUACUAAAACAUGCUUUUUUCUCUGGAGAUCUUUUUGUUAGAUGAUGAUGAUCUUCCCGUCGCACAAAAAAGGCUCUUUGAAGUUUUCAUUGUUGGUUAUUUUGUGUUUAUAACUAGUUUACCACAGAUGUACAAAUUUUUGGAUUGUAUUUCUUUUUCUUGGGAUGGCUUAAACCGGCAUUCACCACUUUGUAAAGAGAUAUGAUAACCAAAUGAGCAACUACAGAGGGAGUCUUAAGUCGA